AUGUACAACAUCAUGACAAUCAACAUCGCGGAGUCUCUGAAUUCCAUUUUAAACUUGGCUCGUGAGUUACCAAUAAUGUCUCUGUAUGAGACCAUUAGGUUAACACUCAUAACAUGGUUUCAUGAACGUCGGGAAAAGGCUUUUAAACACAAAAAGCUUGUCACACCACGCGUAGCGAAGAUGAUUGUAAAGAGAUACAAUGCUGCAAUGAAACUUGAUGUUUUCCAAGUAGAUCGGUAUGAGUUUGAAGUAAAGGACGAGACUCGGAAGUACAUUGUUCAUCUGGAAAACAAGCAGUGCACUUGUCUCGUUUUUGACAUCGACAGAAUCCCCUGUGUCCAUGCUAUUGUUGCAGCUAAACGUACAAACAAAGACGAGAACAAGUGUGUGGAUCAGGCUUACUUGACGGAAACCUGGGCUAAAGUAUAUGCUGAGAGCAUUCAUCCAUGUGGAGAUUUGACAAAUUGUGAUUUCCCAGAUACUGUAGUAAUAAAUUCAUGCACACCACCUACUUGUAAGUAA